AAAACCCAUCUGGCCGGUGUUCGAGCGUUGUGAGAUAGGAGUGGCCACUUUGUAGGAAGACUCUCGGACAAUCCACUAGCCAUGGGAUCUCUCACCAUUCUCUCCGUUCUAGCACUGGCAGCUUGUGCCUCGGCUCUCAGCAAGAGGGAGGCGUGUGCCACAGUAGCGGACUGUUCAAGGAUUACUGUGUGUGGAACAGCAGGGUCACUGAUCUGCGACAACGGCCUGUGUACCUGCACCAACGCUUGCGACCCCGACCAAGACCUCGCCCAAUGCACUGACCGUAACGAAUGUCUGACACGUUUCUUGGGUGGGGACAUCACGUGCAACUGUGCAAGACCAUGGCAAUCCUUCCACUGUAUCGACGACUACUGCCACUGUGGAUAUCCAGCGUAGGCUCAACCAACUCGAACAGUUUCGAUUGCGAUUCGAAUGAUACGACACGUCUGGGAAUUAAUACAUAACACGCUUGACGUAUUUGUUGUAUGAAUAUGUCGAUAAAUGAUAAUUGUCCUA